AUGUCCUCCAACCCACCCACAACUGAACUACCAACAGAAGCCCACACCACUACCAAACCCCCCAUCCAACCCCUCCCCGACUCCAAAACAGUACACCAAAAACCAAAAUACCUCUAUUUCGCCUACGGCUCCAACCUCUCCCCAACACAGAUGAAAUCCCGCUGUAGGGUAGACCCAGAAUCCUCCUCCAAACCACUGGCAAUAGCAACGCUUCCGCAUUGGCGCUGGUUAAUCUGCGAGGCUGGAUACGCCAAUGUCCUGCCACCACCUAGAGUUGGACUGCGCGUCCCGAGUCAGGAUUCCGAUAUCGCGCAUCAGGUUCCUGUUUCUGGGACUGAGGGUUUGGUUUAUGGGGUUCUCUAUGAGAUGGAUCUUGGGGAUGAGGCGAUUCUUGAUACUUAUGAAGGUGUUGAUAUCGAUGCUGGGAAAUCCACCGGGGAGUGGGUUGGGGUUGAUGUUCGGCCUAGGGAGCAGGGGGAUGGGUCUUAUAAUAAGUGGUAUGUUGAGGCUGGGGUUGCUAAGUGGUUAGAUGGGGAUGGGGAUGGGGAUGGGCGUGGGUAUGAACAUGGGGGAAAUGUGCCUGUUUUGGUUUAUGUGGAUGAGAAGUGUGUCAGGCUUGCUGGGCCGAAGUUUGAAUACAUUGCUAGGAUGAAUAGGGCUAUUCGGGAGUCGGUGGAGUUGGGAGUUCCACAGCGGUGGGUGGAUGAGGUUAUGAGGAAGUUCAUUCCUGGGGAUAGUGGAUUAGAUUGA